AUGGGUAAACGAAGAAAGAAUGGCAUUUAUGACCAUGUAAGUAAUAGUUUUGAUGUAUACGACGUCCGAAAAAUUUAAGUUUAUAUGAAGAUUCUUCAAUUUUCUGGCUAAAAAAUCAAAAACCUGAUCAAUAUUUUUCGGACUGUGUGCUUUUUCUAUUCGUUAAAAAUCAAUCACUUCUUACAGUUUGCAUGUGAACGUUGCGGAAAGACGAGAAAAUUGAAUGAAGGAUCGAAAAUCUCAAGAUAUCGAAAAUCAAUUCCGGAAAUUUUAGGCGUUAUUGAAAUGUUAUGUUCGGAGUGAGUUUUUUGUUAAGUCUUUUUAUAUUGUUCAAACUACAUUUUUCAGUUGUGAUACGUUGGCGAUUACUUCUGAAAUGAAAUGUUCCAAAACCGUAGUGAACAAGAUCAAAUACACAAUUUACGAUGCUGCUUUGGCCGACGAGUAAGUGAAAUAUUAAAUUGUUCAAUAGGAUUUCCACAUUGAAUUUCAGAUGCUUCGACAAAUUCUCCAGAUUCAAUAAAUGCAUCGAAUAUUUGAAAAUUUAG